AUGAUUAAAAGUAUAAGUUUACUUACUAUAUUUUUUCUUUUUACUAUAGAUAAAUUAUGCUAUUCUUUUGAAGUAGUUUGUGUAAAUAAAUUUUUUUUAAAAAAAUGUACUUUAUUAAUUGCAAUAACAGAACCCGCAUUUUCAAAUGAAUUUUUAGUUACUUUUCCAAGUUCAUUUAGAACUGCUGUUCAAAAAAGGGUGAAUUGUGAAAAAAAAAGUUCAAAUCUUUAUUUGAAAUGGACUAGUAAAUAUAUUAACUAUCAUUUAGAUGAUUUAUAUUAUCAACUAAUUCUUACAAAAUUAGGAAUGAAAUGCAAAUAUGUUGAUAAUUUAUUGCUUGCAAAAAAUUACAAUGGAAUAAGAAGUUUCAAAAAAAAAUCAUCAAAAAAUUGUGAAUAUUUAAAAGUAGCUCAAAAAAAAACCUUACUUAAUAGAAUUUAUCAACGGAUUAGGAGCAAUCUUAGAUCAUAUAGAAAAAAUUUUUUGAAUUUAAAAAAAAAAAAUUAA